GUAUGCUUCACGUGAGAAGCUAACUCAUUAGCUAGCUAGAACCGUGGAAAAACACGGAUAUUUAGACUUUUUUUUAUGACAAAGUCCUCACUUUGACUUCUUAUCGGUCUUCAGUCCCUCGUCACCGUGUUUUUAUGACUGAAUAAUGACGGAAACUACGAGUCAGCAGUUUUCCUCAGCGUCACCUGGCAGCUGUCCCCCAGGGUCCCACAGUGAUGCUCCCUGUACACAAGCUCCUGGCUGCGACGAGCCAGAAGGAAACACAGAGAUGGAGAGGGAUGGUGUUUUAACUGCUGAGGUGGUCUCCAGCUGUGUGUCCAACCUUGGACGCUGUGGCACUGGGCUGCAACAUUUGUACCGCCACCUGUCUCUGCCUAGUCAAGAUCUCCAUGACAUCUCAGUUUUAUGCAGUUAUGUCCAUCUUCAAAAGCUGGAGCUGCCACACAACAAAGUUAAAGAUUUAUCCUGUGUGAGCCAUAUGCCCUACCUCGCCAUCCUGGAUGCCUCUCACAACGAAAUCUCCAGCUUCUUUGGAUUCCAGCCGCCCAAGAACCUAAAAGAGGUCAAUUUCUCUCACAACUGUAUGACGAAAAUGAAGGAUUUGUCAGCCUAUUCAUCCCUUAGUUACCUGGAUCUGGGCUACAACAGCCUCAGUGAGAUCAGUGGUCUCGAGCAAUGUUGCAAGCUCACCCAUCUCAGCCUGGCACACAACAAGAUCUCGAGGAUCAGCGGCCUGGACAGCCUGCCUCUCACACACCUCUGCCUUAGGGGGAACCAGCUGGAGAGGAUUGAGGGGUUGGAGAAUCUGAAGAAUCUGCAGGUUCUGGACUUGUCUCUGAACCGCAUCACCAGUCUGUCUGGCCUCCAGAAUCUACACCUACUGGGCUCCAUCAAUCUGGAGAAAAACCUGAUUAAUGAAAUACAGGAGUGCAAACACAUCCAUGAUCUUGUCCUGUUGAGGGACCUGAACCUGCUUGGCAACCCUGUACAGGAGCAGCCCGAUUACAGACUGGCAGUCAUUUUCCUCCUUCAACAUCUAACUGUGCUGGACCAAGUUAAAGUCACCGCAGAAGAAAAGGUGUCAUCAGUAAACAAGUAUGACCCUCCUUUGGAUGUGAUGGCAGCCAGGGAUCACAUGACCAACUUGGUGUAUCAGCUGAUGCAGCCCCAGGUGCUCUAUGACAGCCUCUGUGUUUGUGUGUCUCCAAGCAGCACUAUGCCCAGUGCAGACUCUCCAUAUCCCAUGCUGGUUCUCACUGGUCCUCAAGGCUGUGGGAGGAAAGAGCUGGCUCACAGACUGUGUCGGGAGUUGAACGAAUACUUUGCCUACGGAGUGUGUCACACCACUAGGGGGCCCUACUCCGGAGAGGAAGAUGGAGUUGAUUACCAUUUUGUCAGUGAGGAAGACUUCCAGAACAUGAUUCACAUGGGUAAGUUUAUCCAGACCGCGCAGUACGGGGAUCACAGCUACGGCCUGACCAGAGAUGCCAUAGAGGAUGUAGCCAGAGAAGGACUCGCCUGCUGUGUGCAUAUGGAGCUAGAGGGUGUGUUCAGUCUGAAGAACAGCUACUUUGAGCCUCGCUACAUCCUGCUCUUCCCCACCCAGGUUGAAAAGUACAGGGGCCACCUGAAAAGCAGUGGUCUCUAUACGCAAGCACAGAUCGACAUGGCGAUAUCACGUAUAGAGCUCUACGCCAAUACUAACAGGCAGCGACCGGGUUUCUUCGAUAAUGUUAUCCCCAGUGAUGACUUGGAAGAAGCCUAUCAGACACUGCAGCAGGUAGUGAAGGAGUACCUGUUGCUAGAGGAGCAGGAAGAAGGAGAGGACAACAACAGAGGUUCCCCUGACAACACGUCCACAGGUCACGAGCCAGAGGAGAGGCCACCCUCGCCAUCCCUGUCGAGGUCAGGAUCAGGUUCACUCAUGUCACACUCUGCCACAGUCCUCGACCCCUCUGAUCCGUCUUACAGAAACUACCUUACCAAGAUCCAGGCACAGCUCAGCCCUCAGAAGAGCCCCGCUGAGCUAGCUUCCAUCAGGAGGCGUGAGCAGCUGGUCAGAGAGGCUUUAGUGGGGAAGAGUCCAGGGGUCUACAGCCAGCUCUUCAAAAGCUCUGCACAAACAGCACCGUCAUCUCUGCAGAAUCCUGAUGCUCAUUUAAGUGACGACAGCAGCUCGGAUGUGUCUCGUGCCAGUUCAGCUCUGACUGUGCCAAGUUCAGCCGGGGGCUUGUCUGGUUCAGUGGAGCCGCUAGAUAUGUCCGUCCUGGGACACACCUUGGAACCACUCAGAGACCAAAAUCCUGAGGUCAUCUGUCCGGGCACAGAUCAGCCAGAUGUUGCCAUGUCUUCGUCCUCUGAUAGACGUCCUGGAUCCAGCGUCAAGCCCAUCCUGCCACCAAUCCCCACCGGGCGCAAGACCCCCGCAUCUGCCAGUCCGGCUCCGUCACCCAGACCCAGCUCAAACACAGCAGUCGGUGAAGCAUGAGAUGUAGACAGGAAGGGAUAGCCUUUAAGGUUUUAGGGCAUCUGACAUCUAACGAAGUAAAAGUAAAUGGCUUUUAAAGAAUUCAACAUAGAAUUAGAGUGAGAGUAGAAUGGACAUUUUCAUUCAAGUCAACGUAGCAAGAUGGUCACAGUGGCGGCCAUUUUUGUGUUAACUGCUGCCAGUGCAACUUCUGCAGAGUGCUAACUUCCAUAUAAACUUCUGAUCAGUAAUGAACUCACUGAGGUGACGUUUUGCAGUCAUGAGAUAACAAGCAGUGGAGUAAUAUGUAUUUAAAUAAGCAGUCUGUUACUUUUAAAAUAAUCCGAUAAUUUAUCAUUGUUUCUUUUAAUAGCAUGUAAUGUUUGUUUGCAUGUAAACUGAAAACUGUAGCUGCCUCCGAAGAACGAGUGAGAGCUGCUCUUCAGCCAACAGCUGAUAGGCAGAAAGAGACCACGAGGAUGCAAAUCAGCAUAUUUCACAACUAACUAACUAACUAGCGGUUUGUUGGAACAAAGGACUAACUAACGAAAUGACUAACAAGGAUAACUCAAACUAAUUUUGUUUAAGUCAAGUUUAAAUGUAGUGUGCUCUGCCAUGAAGUAACAUGACAGUUACGCUAACGUUAGCUCAGUGAAAGGGAGUAACUUGGAUUGGUGUACGGUUGAAUUUUUCUCUUUAAUAAGACAAAUAGUCCCUCCAAGAUUUUGCAGGCUGUUUUGGAGAUUGUUGCGGCCAGAAAUGUAUGAUUUCACGACAGCUUUUCUAAAAAGAAUUUGAUCAAUGUUGCAAUGUUAUAGGUGUUUCUUUGCAAUGACAUUGUAAGGGCAACUGAAAAUUGCAAAAAUAGUUGUGAUGCUGUCAAGGCGUAUUCAGUGUUUCCCACAGAAUUAAAAUAUAUAUGUGGUGAUGGGGGCAGGUGAGGGGGAGGGAGGGCAGCAACAGCUGUUAAUGCCGUUGACGCAGCACCAAAUUAUUGUCCCCGUGAGAGGCUCUCCUGCUGCUCUAUCUGCCUUGUUAGCACAAGCUAACAGCACAACGUGAUCUCAUCACUACUCGUCAUAUUUUGCUGCUUGGGCAGAAGCCUCGCAGCUCAUUAACAUCUGAUACUGAGCAGUUAAUCUCAAACUGAAACGGCUUAUCUCUGCCGUUAUCCUUGUUGACAACAAUUGGGUAAUGUUAGCUAUGUGAUGCUAACAGUUAGCCCUGACAUUGUAUGUGUGUGACUCUGUCCCAGGCACAGAACUCCCGCAACAACAGUCUCAUUAUAAACAGGGAGAGCUGGGUGAAUCAAUAAGCUGCACACAGCUCUACAAUAAAAUUAGAUUUCACCCCUUUUAAAUGGUCAAAUCUGUGGUAAAGUUGCGGUGAUUGGACAAAAAUUGCAAGGUCACACAGAAUUCAUGGGGAUUGGCUGAGUUUGCUUUACUUGUUGCGGUCGCAGCAUCGCAACAUCUUGAAGGGACUGAAUAGGUGUAAGAAUAGGCCAAAACUGAGUUCUCAAAUUAGUGAUCAGACACACUUUACGGCCCGACUGACAUGUGUUGUCACCAUUAACAACUAACGAUAGUCGCCAUUUUCUUUUGUAACAGUCAAAUGACCACCGCAAACAUUUCAAUGUCCUAUCUACUCUCAAUCUGUUUCUAAGGAGUACAAUUUGUAAUCAUAAAAUGAAAUGAGAUUAAAAGAUAAAAAUAUAGAGUUUAAAGUAUAAGCUUGGUCUGUUAAAUUUAAAGAACAAAGGUCUGUACCUGCAUAAAUAAAUAGUCAAUCACAAAACCACACGUUUGUUGCUAUCUCACCACAAACUACUCAGAUUGUGUUAUGUGAUACAUCCAGGCCAAACACUUGAGGUUAGCUCUCACUGUCAGCACUUGUCUUUUCCUGCGAGCUGCUACUCAUGCCGCAGCACGUCUGGAUCUUUUGCACUCACUAUAGACAUGAUAACUGUUGGUGUUAAUGACCAUACAUAUAUAUAUAUAUAUAUAUAUAUACAUAUAUACAUAUAUAUAUAUAUAUAUGACAUGAAUACAGUGUAAUUAUAAAGAUGUGCUUUUCUUCUUUGUAGUGUAUUCCUGGCGUAUUGACCUGAAGGUGUACAGUGUUGACACACAUUAUAAUUCAGGCUCACACAGAGUGACAAGCAUGUCUUUCAGGCAUGAUAAAUAUAGUAGUGUUGUUAAAGACAACUGCUCAUUUUGUUUUUCACAUCAAUGUGCUCAGAUUCCUGACUGGAGGAGGUAUCUGCUCGUCUCGGCAAAGUUCAUGUCUACAAAGUAUGUGGUACACGUCAUGUUUUAUGAACGUAGCAUUAAUUUUCCUGACAGUGAAGUGGCAUUAUAUUUCCUACUGUUCAGUAAUCUCAUCAAAUGGGAUCCGCCAUUGACAUCCAGAUACUGAUCUUUUAUGUGCAGCAUGGAGCUCUUGUCAUUGGAUGAUAAAUACAUCAUUAAUCUUUAUCUCCUCUGAUGGGAUUAUUUAUUCAACUGGAAACGCGUUCAUAUGGAAGUUGUUGACAGGUAUUAAACAGC